GCAAGGGAAUUGCAAGCUGCAUUAUAUAAAAUAUCAUUAGCAAAAGUGGCAUCAAUAAUACUCUCGUUGCUUACUCAUUCUUGUGAAGUUUAAUCACUGAUCACCUAAGAGUGUGGAUCGAAGCAAUAGAAAUAGAGAGAUUGAGAUGAUGCAGAGUUCAAGAUCACGAAAAGCAGCGUUGAGAGUCAGAGUUCCUUCGCGGAAGCUGAUGAUUCUCUCUCUGGCCAUUUUCGCCAUUCUCCCUCCCAUUUUCUUCCACUUCCGCCUCCGACGCCUCCAACAGCUGCAAUUCACAAAGUGCCGUUGGCUCAACGAUCCUCCUCUGGUCUGCGCCCACGGUGGCGAUUCUUCCAAGGCUUCUCCAAACACCAUGGCGUCCUAUUUCCACGCUCUUCAGUCUCGCGUCGACUGCAUUGAGAUCGACGUUUCUCGUUCUUCUGACGGAGUUCUCUUUGCUCUCCAUGACAGGGAUUUGCAGCGCUUAACUGGAAGCGCUACUUCUAAAGUUGGUUACUUGAACUCAAAAGAGAUUAGAGAGCUUAGUGCUUCACGUCAGUCUACCUCCAAGUUUACUGAUCAAAGUAUACUUACAAUCCAAGAUGCUCUGAUGUUGACUGCAAAUUCAGUACGCCAGAUAGUUCUAGAUGUUAAGGUUGGGCCCCCAUUUUAUGAGAAAGAGCUUGCCAAAGAUGUUCUCUCUAUUGUGGAGAAGACGGAGUGCAGCAAUUGCCUCAUAUGGGCUAAAAGUGACAUUUUAGCAAGAGAUGUAAUUAAACUCUCAUCAGAAAUUACAGUUGGCUACAUUGUUAUGAGAGAACCUUCUACUGGAGCUAGGACAAAUUUGUUGAGAAUGAAAGGUGCUGAGGUUGUUGGUGUCUAUCAUCCACUGAUUGAUGAAAAUCUUGUGAAAGUUUUGCACAGGAGGAACAAAAAGGUGUAUGCCUGGACAGUUGAUGAUGUAGAAUCCAUGCAAAAGGUGUUGUUUGAACAUGUUGAUGCUAUUGUUACGAGCAACCCGACUUUUCUUCAACGCCUAAUGCAAGAUAUCAAAACACAAUGUCUUGAAGAGGGUUAUUCAUUACCACGCUAAAAUUUGUUUCGAGAAUUUUAGAAAUGUCUUCUAUGUUGUCAUUAUUAAAACACUAAUCCUUUGUAUAACCUCCAUUCUUCUCUGAGCGGGAAAAAAGGAUGAAUAUCAUGCAGGGUUGGACCCUUGCCUUUAGGAUGUUUAAUGUAUCAUUAGGUAUCACAAAAAUCAUUUUGUUCUUAAAUUUUAGUGCUAUUUGUCAAUGACACUACUGGCAGCAUAGUGGAGGAGACACAAAGGUUUCUUGGCA